AUGGAUGGAAGUGUGGUUGAAGGUAAUUCUACCUCUCUCCAGACCUGCCCUCCCGGUCCUCAAGAGCAUCUCGCCUCUGAGGAUCUCCCGUCUUUCCCAUCAAUACCUCCACUGCAUGAAAAUGAUCUGGGGCUUACACCUCCCCCUGGAUCGCAGCAGCAGCAUACGAAUGCUACUCAGGAACCCUCCCGAGAUGAGAAACCGUCCAUCGGGAAUGGAAAGUCGUCCAACCAAAAUCAGACUGCGCUGGGAUCGUUUGAUCAGAAUAGCGGGUCAUCCCACGACACGGCAGAAACCGACAACUUAAACCAUAACUACGAUUUCGGUCACGUGGAAGAUGCAACGGGAAACUACAGUCUGGAUGUCCUCUCCGCGCCGGAUAUUUGCUCAGUCGGCGUCAUCGACGAUGGGAUCUUCGAGGGAUUUGAUUCCGAGACGUUGCGGGAAUUGGAGGCGUCCUUAGAACCCCGGAAGCGCACUGGCGAUGAAGCAUUUCCAAAUGAACUGGACUUUUGGAAUCCACCCGAGAAGAAACGUGUUUUGGAUUAUUUCCAGGGUUCGGCCAGCACGUCUCCGGAAGACACGCCGUCGCUGUCCUCUCCCGAUUCUUUGCUCCGGACUGAGCAAGCCGACUCUGCCCCUCAUACGCCGCCUGCUUCGGAGAAUGUACAUACACCAAACUCGCUUUUCGACUCGCUGGAUGCAUUGUUCGAGGAUCCUAAUUUCCAAAUACCUCCGGAUUUGCACGAGAGUCCCGUGCCUCCGGCUGAGCUUCCAGAGCCCCCCGAGCUUUCCUUUGAGGCCAGUUCAGACCUGUGGAGCAAACGCUUCGAUGCAGUCGACAGCAUCUCUCAGAUGGAGCAUACAACGGGCCAUGAAGCACCUUCGAAUACCUCUCCCGUCAGCAAACUCACAAAAGAACGAUUCGGUUUGAACUCUUCCGAUAUGCUAUCAAAUACGGCAUCAGAAACUUUGCGAGUGUGUCCGAAGCCGCAGUAUACUUCGCCCUACCCCACCUGUGGAGGCCCUUUGGGUUACUUUCCGUCGGCUCCCGGGAUUCAUGUACGGUGUAUUGAGGCUGUGGACAGAGACGUUCACCACCGCAUUUCCGGUUUGAAGGAUCGAGUGCAACAGCUCACAUACGAGCGGAACAAGUACCGCACGGCGUGGAAUCAGUGGUCCACGCGCGACCCGUCCACUGGCAAGUCGAAGGAACAGCUUCUGCGCGAAGAGAAUACACGACUGCGACGAGCGUCGUCCCAACUCCAAAACAAGGUGGAGGAAUACAAGACCGAGGCAGCAGAGUGGCGCACGCGACUAAACGACCUCAGCAUUGUCUACAACAAUCUCCUGUACGAAAUUCACGUCCAGCGCCAGAUGCCGGCGGUCGCGCCCGUUCCUCGGGGAUACAAGCCCCCAGCAGGUGGAGGCCACAUGCCCCUACCAGCCUCGAAGUGA